UUGGUCUCUGUUCUCGGGUAACAAGGGAAUAAAAUAUUUCACGUGUGUUGUUGAUACAUAGUAAAAGUUGUAUUUUUUUUAAUUUAUCAAUAAUUAAUACACUAAUUAAAUCAUAACGAUGGCAGAGUUUGUAGAGAAAAGAUGUGAGGAUAUGAUCCCUGAACUUGAACAAAUGAAAAGAAUUAAAUUAUUUGAUGAAAAUGAAAUUCAGGAAAUUGCCAAAAAACUCAAAGAUCAUGAAUACACUAUUCAUCGACACACAAAACGCAAGGAAGAUUAUUUGAAGUAUAUUAAAUAUCAAAUGAAACUUUUGAAACUCGUAAAACAGCGACGAGAGAAAUUUGGAAAUACACAAAAAAAAUCUGACAUAGACUAUUCCAUAGUCAAUAAAGUAAAUCUUUUAUACAAAGAAGCCAUAUCCAGAUUCCAAGAUGAUCUCAGGUUUUGGAUUGCUUACAUAGAAUUCUGUAAACAUGUAAAUUAUCAUAGUAAUAUUGAUAGAAUGAUUCCUAGAAUGUUAAAAAUUCAUCAAGAUAAACCAAAAUGUUGGCAUAUUGCAGCACGUUGGCAAAUAGAGGAACGAAAAAAUAUUCAAAGAGCUAAAGAAUAUCUUCUUACAGGCUUACGCUUUCAUCCGGAAUCUGAACUUUUAUUUUCUAAAAUUUUUCAAUUAUUAUUGAAUGAAGCUGAAUCAGCGACAAAUACUUCUGCAGAAUUAAAAAAUUCCAGUGCUUCUGCAUCGACCAACGAUGAAGAAAUACCUUUAGCUAUCAAACAGGCUACUGUUAUUUAUCGUCAAGCAUUCAAAAGGAUCAAAGACAUAGAUUUCAUCAUUAAUUUAUUGAAUAUUGCCAAAAAAUAUAAAAAUACCAAAAAAUUACAAGAUGAAAUAGUUGGGGAUAUGAUUAAAGAAUACUCGCAUAAACCACAAAUGUGGGAUACAAUGGCCAGACGAGAGCUAGAGGGUUUAACGUAUGAUCCUGAAGAUAACAGUAACGCAAUGGAAGUUGAUACAACGGAAUUAGCAAGUUUGAGAGAAAGAAUAAGUUACUGUGAACAAGUUUUUCAAGCUGCUGUAAAAAAAAUUAAGACUGAAACAAUGUGGUCUAUGUAUAUUGAUUGUCUGCUAGAAAUUAAUAAAGACAUGACUAGUUUGCCAAAUUAUAAAAGAAAACUUUUGAAAAGUGCAUUAAUGCAAGGUCAUCAAGCCAAAAAAUUACAAGAAGAUUAUUAUGUUUACUGGAUUGAAAUGCUAGAAAAUGAUAAAAAGGAUGAAAAUUCUCAAAGUAAACGUUAUGAAGUUUUGUGUAAUGCAACAGAGGCUUUGCCAAAUAGUAUAAAGCUUUGGUGUGCUAAACUAAAAUAUCUAUUUAACUCUGAUCAAGAAGAAUUAGCAUUUUCUGAAUUUAAUAAAGCUAUAAAAAUACUAGGAAGCAAGGCAUUGCCUUUAUGGAGGAUGAAAUUGCUUUACAUUCAAGUAAAAAGUCCUAACAAAGUUGAAGAGUUUUUUAAAAAUGCUGUACAACAAGAUGAAGCAAUUUCGCGUGAAAUGAAACCUGAUUAUAUAAAAUGGCUGGUAGUAACAAAAGGUAUUCAAAUGGCCCGACAUGUAUAUAAUGAAUUAAGUUUACAGCCACCAGUUUGUUUAGAACUUCAUAAAGAAAUGGCAGCAUUAGAGCUUAUUCAACCGGAAAUUUGCAAACAAAAUGCACGGCGUCCUCAUGAAGUAGCUGCUCUUCAAUUUGGCAAAAAUAAUACAGAAGUGUGGAUUAAAUAUAUUGUAUUCGAAAUGAAGUAUGGCGAUCCUUUAAAAGUUUCAAAUAUUUAUCAAAGAGCUGUAAAAACUCUAAAUCCAGUAGAUGCUGAUAACUUCAUUUCAAAGUAUAGCUUGAUCAAAGCAAAUCCAGAAACAAUAGAGAGUUUAUCAUAACUUUAAUUAAAGUUAAUCAAAUUAAUCACUUCUAUGACUCUAAAGGUAUUUCAUCAUUCAAUUUAGUUAAUUGGAUAUUACGAUUUGUUUCAUUAGAUUGCUGAGUACGAUUACCAAUUUUUAAAGUUGAUCUUGAAUCUAAACACAUAAUAUCUGUCAUCAAUGAAUGCUGUUUGUCAUCUAAAUUGCGAUUAAGUUGAAUCAAUAAUGAUUCUAAUCUAUUAAAUGUAGCCCUAAAAACAAAUUGUAAAUUAAGUAUUUUAUAAUUUUCUAAAUAUAAUUGAAAUUUUAAA